AAUGAUUAGGACUAUAUUUGGUGGUUUAUUUUAUUGGUGUUCGAAUCAGAUAAUAGUCCAAAGAGCGUUGGCUGCUAAAAAUCUUAGUAAUGCGAAGGGAGGAACAAUUCUGGCUGGUUUUUUAAAACUUUCACCAUUCCUUCUUAUUAUUAUUCCGGGAAUGAUGAGUAGAGUAUUAUAUCCUGAUAUAAUUGGAUGUUCAACACCUGAGGCUUGUAAAAACGCUUGUGGGCAGGCACUGGGAUGUUCGAAUUACGCCUAUCCGAAAAUAGCAUUUUCGAUACUCCCUUCAGGUUUUCUUCGUGGUCUUAUGCUGGCUGGAAUGCUAUCUGCUGUCGUUAGUUCUGUAACAUCUAUUUUUAAUAGCGUAGCUACAGUGAUAGCUUUAGAUAUUUGGGGGAGAAUACGAUCAAACGCAUCCGAAAGGGAAUUUCUUAUUGCUGGUAGAAUAUCUGUGAUCAUUAUAACCAUAAUAGGAACUUUAUGGAUACCAAUUAUGAACUUUAGUAGUGGAGGUCAUAUGGUGAGGUAUCUUUUAACAGUUGUUGGAUAUUUUGGCGCACCAUUGACGGCUGUCUUCCUUGGAGCUAUGUUCUUUACACGAUCAAACGAACAGGGUGCCUUUUGGGCAAUUUUCAUCUCAUCUACCCUUGGACUAAUAAGAUUUACAUUGGACACCAUCUACGAUGCUCCUGGGUGCGGAAAAGCUGAUAUUAGACCAGGAUUCCUUAGACUAAUCCAUCCUUACUACUUUGCUGGAUUUCAAACAAUACUCGGUCUAAUUGUUAUCGCUAUUAUAGGAUUACUAUCUGAAAAGCCAGAAAAGAAGCACUUGUACGGAUUAACAUAUUUCCACAGAAAUAAAGAUCCGAUAGAGGAUGAGAUAUUAUUUACAGAGAAAAAUUCGGAUGAAGGUAAUGGGAUAGAAGAGGAAAGCAUUAGAGGGAAAAGAGGAAAAACAUCAGCAAUUGUUUUAAGCAAGUUAUGCUUACUUCCUAAAUCAUCGAAUAGAAUUCAAAAAGAAACAAUAGAAGAUCGUAAGGAACGCUUAAAAGAAAAGAAAUGGGAAAAGUAUUUAUUGAAUACAUUAGCAAUAGCUCUCAUAGGAGUGUUACUUUUCCUUUUCAUAUAUUUUAAAUGA